UUCAGUUUAAGAGUUCCAAAGUUUAGUAUUGCUGACAUUAUUUACUCAUCCACUUUGAAGUGGUGACCACCGUCAAAAUCCUACGUACGAAGCACAAAAGAAUCGACGCUCUUGCCAGCCACUUGCGUCUAUGGUUUUCAUACCAACGUAUUAUUGCACAACGAAACUAUCACACUCGAGGAUCGAUGUUGAUCCACCACGUGUUCUUAUCCCCAACCUGCCAAAUUCAUACAUUUCAAUGCGUACGUCACCCACCUUCUCUACGAAUAUGAUUCCGACGGCUGCUUUGAAGGACCCACUUUUACAACGUUACGGUUGAAUUCAGUGAACCAUUACUCCCAAGCUUCGACCAUUUUUUCUGAUUUUCUCACCUGCACAAUAAAUUCCCCUACGAUCAUUAGAUUCUUUCAUAAUCCGACGGCUCAAGUUUACUCGCUUAUCAUGAACUUUCCCACGCUUAAUACUCUCGGGCCUUGCUUAAUUGCUUUAAAGUAGUGUCUUUUUGUUACUCUUUAGCGUUCACUGUCUGUCUCUCUUUUCUUUGCAAUGGAGAACUCUUUUUCUUCUUCUUCUUCUCUUCGAUGGCUUCUGAAUAUCUUGAUUUUCACGACUCUGGUAACCGUACAUGCUCAGCUCCCCGGGACUUGGGAACUCCUCGUCCCAAAUGCCGGCGUAGCCUCCAUGCACACGGCGGUUACUCGUUUCAACACGGUUGUUCUUUUGGACCGGACCAACAUCGGACCAUCUCGCAAAAUGCUACCCAAAGGCCACUGUCGUUACGACCGAAACGACGUUGUACUAAAAAAGGACUGUUUCGCUCAUUCCGUUGUUUUCGAUCUACAAACGAAUCAAAUCCGACCACUGAUGAUCCUCACCGAUACUUGGUGUUCAUCGGGACAGUUCCUCCCCGACGGGACACUUUUACAAACAGGAGGAGACUUGGACGGGUUUAAAAAGAUCCGGAAAUUCGAACCCUGUGAACCAGACGGGUUUUGCGAUUGGGUGGAGCUCAAAGACGUGGAGUUAGUUAAUGGAAGAUGGUAUGCAACGAACCAAAUAUUACCGGACGGAACGGUAAUUAUCGUCGGAGGGAGAGGAACGAACACUGUUGAAUAUUAUCCACCAAGGAAAAACAAAAACGCCGCCGUUGAACUGAAAUUCUUAGCUGACGUGGAAGAUAAUCAAAUGGACAAUUUGUACCCUUACGUCCACCUUCUCCCCAACGGUCACCUUUUCAUCUUCGCCAAUAACAAAGCAGUGAUGUACGAUCACGAUGGCAAUAGAGUAAUUAGAGAUUACCCAGCAUUGUCAGGGGGCCCACGGAAUUAUCCAUCAGCUGGAUCUUCGGUGAUGUUAGCACUUGAAGGUGAUUUUUCAACGGCUGUGAUUGUUAUAUGUGGUGGAGCCCAAUACGGAGCUUUCACCGAGAGGAAUACUGAUACGCCCGCGCACGGUAGCUGUGGGCGCAUUGUAGCAACUGAUCCAAAUCCGGGUUGGGAAAUGGAGGAUAUGCCAUUCGGGCGGAUCAUGGGAGAUAUGGUGAUGCUUCCGACUGGUGAUUCUUUGAUCAUCAAUGGAGCUCAAGCAGGGACCCAAGGUUUCGAGAUGGCUUCUAACCCGUGUUUAAACCCAGUUCUUUAUCGACCCGAUCAACCGGUUGGCUUACGGUUCAUGACUUUGAACCCGGGAACAGUUCCCAGAAUGUACCAUUCAACCGCCAACUUGUUACCUGAUGGCCGGGUUUUAUUAGCGGGUAGUAACCCGCAUUAUUUUUAUAAUUUUGCUGCUGCGUUUCCAACGGAAUUAAGGCUCGAAGCAUUUUCGCCUGAAUAUUUAUCUCCGGAUCGGGCCAAUAUCCGACCCGUAAUCGAGGGAAUUCCCGAAACGGUACGCUACGGCGAGGGGUUCGAUGUUUUCGUAUCCGUUUCGUUGCCGGUUGUGGGAAUUGUGGAGGUUAAUUUUGGGAGCGCGCCUUUUGCUACGCAUUCGUUCUCACAGGGUCAACGGUUGGUUAAACUUUCCGUUACACCGUCGGUGCCAGAUAACGGUCGGUACAGGAUUAAGUGUAUGGCGCCGCCAAAUGGAGCGGUUGCUCCACCAGGUUAUUAUAUGGCUUUUGCGGUUAACCAGGGCGUGCCAAGUGUCGCACGCUGGGUUCAUUUGGUUCCUUAAAUUUUUAUACGCUUUUUGUUUUUGAAAAAACUUAUUAUUAACCAAUAUUGCAAGAGAUUUGCAAUUGUAUUAACUUUUCCACGUUUUGAAACCUUCAUUUGUUUAUAUGCAAAUGUACUA